AUGGGACCAGCUGCUGCAGGUAGCAAUACUUGGCUCAGCGACUUAACCGUACUGAAAUCAGCUUACCUCUCCCAAACAGAGGCUCAGAAACCUCAGCGGACCCAGACGAAGCGGGCGAUAGGGCACUACAUUUUGGGGAAAACGAUCGGUGAAGGAACUUUCGGGAAAGUGAAAUUGGGAACGCACAUUCUCACUGGGGAAAAGGUUGCUAUCAAGAUUCUAGAGAAGGAAAAGAUCAUUGAUAUCAGCGAUGUUGAACGGGUCUCUCGGGAAAUCAAAAUACUCAAGCUCAUACGGCAUCCACACAUAGUGCAGCUGUAUGAAAUCAUCGAGACCCAUCGGCAGCUUUAUCUCAUCAUGGAGUAUGCGCCAGGUGGGGAGUUGUUCGAUUAUAUAGUGGACAAUCAGAGGGUUAACGAGGAUGAGGCCUGCAAGUUCUUCAGACAGAUCAUAUGUGGUGUGGAGAAGAUCCAUGAACUUGGGGUUGUCCAUCGGGACCUUAAGCCCGAGAAUUUGCUGUUGGACGAGGAGAAGAACAUCAAAAUAGUUGACUUUGGUUUAUCCAAUACGUUUGAUAGCGGUCAGUUGCUGAAGACCGCAUGUGGAUCGCCCUGCUAUGCAGCGCCAGAAAUGAUCGCAGGGAAAAACUACAUACCACACCUUUGUGACAUCUGGAGUUGUGGUGUGAUACUGUUCGCGUUGGUCUGUGGGUACUUACCCUUCGAGGAUCAGAAUACUGCCCAACUCUAUAAGAAGAUCAUGUCUGGCCACUAUCAGACCCCUGGUUAUAUCACAUCUAAUGUUAAGAGUUUAAUAAGGGGGCUGCUCGUGACGAAUCCAGACAAGAGGAUGACCGUGAGUGAUAUCAGGAGGCAUCCAUGGUUUCUCGGUGAAGCUGUUCGCACUUCCCUUUCGAGGGAGCUCAACUUUGGUGCUGGCAGCAGCAAGGGUUGUGAGGUCUCUAGCUGCGACCGGUGUAAAACGUGGGCCUUUGGUGGGGCCGACCCCACGGACCCGACCUCUGAGUUUGGGGUUGACGAGGACGUGCUGAAUGAGGUGGUCAAGAUUGGGGACUUCUCUAAGGAGUAUGCUGUCAAGUGCUUGAAGAUUAAUAAGCACAAUCACGUCACCACAUCGUACUACUUGCUGCUCGAAAAGAAGGCGAGGCAUGCUAUGGAGCUGAGGAAAGCUGGACUUCCUGCCCCUGCAGACACUCGAUCAACCUCGACUAUCUUGCCCGGGGAGAAGGGAAGCGAUAGGAAGAAGACUGAUGCUGAGUUGUUUGAGAAGUUCGAGAGGAUAACGGAGAAGCGAGCAGGGAAGGGCGAUGUGGAAGUCUCGAGUGAUAGGAAAAGUCCACGGAUUCGCUCUCAAGAAGGGGAGAGGGAAUCACCACUCCCGAUGGCAAACGCUGGAGAGGUCCAUCCUAAGGCUGAUGCACCGUCAGAAGCACCAUCGUCGGCGCCUCGAACUGAUCUGGACGUCGAUGCGCUCAGCAGCUGUACCUCCCCUGGCCAGCAUAAGCCUCGCUAUUACAAUACUCAGCGGCAAGGGGCCUCGGGAAGAACGCGGAGGAAGGUGCCGGCGAUCCCGUUGGGCCGAGUGAAUGUGAACGAUGGUUUUGGCAACUCGCCGGCUUCUGUACGAGGGCAUAUCCCUAGAGGAGCUCCUCCACCACAAGUUGCUCGACUGCCACUGCGGAACAAUGCGAUAACACCGAGAUCGUAUGAUACUGAGAGCCCUCAACGUUACAUGUAUGCCCAGACAGUGAUACCCCCGCUCUCGGCGAGGUCACGGGCUCGGAAGCCGACUUAUGAUGUGCCCACUGCAGUUCAGUCAGCUAGGGUCUCGAAGGCCCCACCAUACUGCCCGCCCUCGGUAGUCGACAGGCUGUACCAGAGGGCAGCAGUUGCGCCUUCUAGUGGAGGAGUCGGGAAGGCCGGCGUGAAUGUCGUUCGGGCCGCUGCUGAUGCUGUGGGUCUUGGCCCCUCGGUCACCCAUAGGACAGCUACUCCUGGUUUUAACAGCGCUAGGAGUCCAGUGGUAGCUCAGAAGCCUCAGCAGCAGGCCAACGGUCCAUUGGGAGCAGGUCCCGAAGGCCCCUGCUACGGCUCGGCCCACGUACCACACGCGCCCGCCGAACAGUGGGGGGAUGCGCUCAAAGAGCCACCUAUUAUUACAGUCACUACGACUAAGGACCCUCGGUUUGAUUUGGAGAUCACUCAGCUCGACGAGGUCCAGCCGGUGUACAUCGUGAGGUUCAGAAAGACCGUUGGUGAUCAUAAUCAAUUUCGUGAGGUCACCAGACGGCUGAUUCAAAUGCUCAAGUUGUGA